GUAGAGUUGAGAGUUGAGACAGGUACCAGCAAACCAAACCGAACGACCGCUGCCUGAGGUGACGUCAGUGAUGAUGAAUGGAGAGUGGCAUAUAUUGGCUGGGAGAAGAAGUCCACGUUUCGUUUAGGGUCGGAUAAUGGUUGAAGCUGGGAUUAAACUGUGAAACUCGUCAUCGCAAUUCGCCACAUUGGCCGCUAAAUUUUUCUGUGGAAAAGCUUUGAAGAAGUUUGGAAUAGUGAGAAGAAGAUGACGCUCAAAGUUUAUGUGGAUCGCAUGUCCCAGCCAUCCAGGGCUGUCAUUCUCUUCUGCAAACUGAACCGGAUUGACUUUGAGGAGAUCAAAGUAGACUUGUCUAAGCGUCAGCACUUGUCUCCUGAAUUUGCAGAGAUUAACCCUAUGAAGCUAGUUCCUGCUAUUGUUGAUGGAAGAUUCAAGCUGUUUGAGAGUCAUGCGAUCCUCAUCUAUCUAGCUUGCGUAUUUCCUGGAGUUCCUGAUCACUGGUAUCCAGCUGAUCUUUUCAGGAGAGCUAAGAUUCAGUCAGUGCUUGAUUGGCAUCACACAAGCUUGCGCCGUGGUGCAGCUACAUUUGUUCUAAACAAGGCAUUGGCACCUGCACUUGGACUGCCCUUGAAUCCAAAAUUAGCGGCAGAAGGCGAGAAGAUUUUAACUGCAUCCUUGUCAAAGUUGGAGUCUUUCUGGCUCAAGGGCAGUGGGAAAUUCUUGCUCGGUGGAAAUCAGCCUUCUAUAGCAGAUAUCAGCCUCGUAUGUGAAUUAAUGCAAUUGGAGGUUUUGGAUGACAUGGAUCGAAACCGAGUUCUCAGUCCUCAUAAGAAGGUUCUACAAUGGAUCGAGUAUACAAAGGAUGCUACCAGUCCUCACUUUGACGAAGUGCACCGAGUCCUCUUCAAAGUGAAAGAAAUGUUGAAGACUUUGAGGUCAACUGAAUCUAGCUUAAACAAAAAAGUGCAGUCCAGGAUGUGACUAAUCCCCACUGUUAUUUACAAU